GCACCCCGGUGCGUGAGCACGCUCUCACCGGCCCGCAGGCCGCAGCCCGCUUCUAUUUCUUCCUCCCCACCCGACCCCGUGCAGGUGGCACUGGCAGUCAGUCCACGCCACCAACCGCGGAGGCGAACCAAACCAACCGCGCGCCCAGGCCGCCCGCCCUCCCCCCACCCUACCAACCCGCGUCGUCGUCGGCAAUGGCGGCCAUGGCGACCAAGGCCACCGUGUCGCUGGACCUCGCCGCGGGACCGCGCCACCACCACCGCCCGAGCUCGGCGGCGCGCCCGUCAGCCCGCCCCGCCGCUUCUGCCGCCGUCCGCGGGCUGAGGGCGCGCGGGCUCCGCGUGGUCCCCUUGGCGGCGGCGGCGGCACCCGCGGUGCAGGCGGGCGCCGAGGAGAUCGUGCUGCAGCCCAUCAAGGAGAUCUCCGGCACCGUCAAGCUGCCCGGGUCCAAGUCGCUGUCCAACCGGAUCCUCCUGCUCGCCGCCCUGUCCGAGGGGACAACAGUGGUUGAUAACCUGUUGAACAGUGAGGAUGUUCACUACAUGCUUGGGGCCUUGAACACUCUUGGGCUCUCUGUCGAAGCAGACAAAGUUGCCAAAAGAGCUGUUGUUGUUGGCUGUGGUGGAAAGUUCCCAGUUGAGGACGCUAAAGAGGAAGUGCAGCUCUUCUUGGGGAAUGCUGGAACUGCAAUGCGGCCAUUGACAGCAGCUGUUACUGCUGCUGGUGGAAAUGCAACUUACGUGCUUGAUGGAGUACCAAGAAUGAGGGAGAGACCCAUCGGCGACUUGGUUGUCGGAUUGAAGCAGCUUGGUGCGGACGUUGAUUGUUUCCUUGGCACUGACUGCCCACCCGUUCGUAUCAAUGGAAUUGGAGGGCUACCUGGCGGCAAGGUUAAGCUCUCUGGCUCCAUCAGCAGUCAGUACUUGAGUGCCUUGCUGAUGGCUGCUCCUUUGGCUCUUGGGGAUGUGGAGAUUGAAAUCAUUGAUAAAUUAAUCUCCAUUCCCUAUGUCGAAAUGACAUUGAGAUUGAUGGAGCGUUUUGGUGUGAAAGCAGAGCAUUCUGAUAGCUGGGACAGAUUCUACAUUAAGGGAGGUCAAAAAUACAAGUCCCCCAAAAAUGCCUAUGUUGAAGGUGAUGCCUCAAGUGCAAGCUAUUUCUUGGCUGGUGCUGCAAUUACUGGAGGGACUGUGACUGUUGAAGGUUGUGGCACCACCAGUUUGCAGGGUGAUGUGAAGUUUGCUGAGGUACUGGAGAUGAUGGGAGCAAAGGUUACAUGGACCGAGACUAGCGUAACUGUUACUGGCCCACCACGGCAGCCAUUUGGGAGGAAACACCUCAAGGCUAUUGAUGUUAACAUGAACAAAAUGCCUGAUGUUGCCAUGACUCUUGCUGUGGUUGCCCUCUUUGCCAAUGGCCCAACAGCUAUCAGAGACGUGGCGUCCUGGAGAGUAAAGGAGACCGAGAGGAUGGUUGCGAUCCGGACGGAGCUAACCAAGCUGGGAGCAUCAGUUGAGGAAGGGCCGGACUACUGCAUCAUCACACCGCCAGAGAAGCUGAACGUGACGGCGAUCGACACAUACGACGACCACAGGAUGGCCAUGGCCUUCUCCCUUGCCGCCUGUGCGGAGGUCCCCGUCACGAUCCGGGACCCUGGGUGCACCCGGAAGACCUUCCCCGACUACUUCGAUGUGCUGAGCACGUUCGUCAAGAACUAAGCGUGUGAUAUACUACCACGCAGCGGGAUUGAAGUGAUCUUGCUAGGCAUGCGCGGAGGAAAUACAUUUUUUUUGUUCUCUUUUCCGGGAUAAGUUUUGAGCAUGUAAUAUUAGUUGCUCGUAGCAUGUUUCUAUGACAGAUCUUGAGAGUGUAUUGUACGUCCAAAUUCGUAUCCAGAGUGGUUCAUUGGAACAAUAAUAAGAAUAAUAAAUUACGUUUCAGCGGUUA